AUGCUCCGCCGCCGCCGCGCGGCCAAAACCGCGCACGCCGUCCCACCGCAUGCCCAAUUCGAGAAGGACGAUGCGAAGCGGAUAAAAAAGAGCCUGCGCGACCUCGUGCACUCCGAGGCGCGCGGCAUGUACGCCGUUCCCGCGCCGGCGACGUCGAUGGAGAUCGCGUCCUUGCUCUGCGUGCCGCCCGAGCACGUCUGGGACCGCGCCGUCACGAUCUUCAUGGCCGUCAAUCUGUACUGCAGUCUGCUGAUGACGACGGCCGUCGCGCUCGCGUUAAAUCCGCUCAAAUUGUCGAAGGAAUCAAAUUACUGGCUGGCCUUCGCCUACAACACGCUGCUCGCACGGACGCUGUGUCCUUGUUUUGGAUGGCGUCAGCUCCACGCCAUCGACGCGACGCGGUUCCGUUCGCGCAGGCUGCCCUCGCGGCGCUGUCGGUCAUGUCGACGAUGAUCACUCUUUUUUCUAUAUUAGCGUGCAGCGGCUCGACGCCCGAGACGAUUUAUGCGGCCGUCGCGCGCGCGGGCUUCUACGUCAAAUUUAUUUCCUUGCUCUGGUGGCAGACGCUGAUCAUGUUGGCGCUCGUGAGCGUCGCCGCGUGGCUCAAGUCCGGUUGGUUGGGAGGUGCUGUCGCUACCGGUGUUGUGUUCGUGGUUUUCCAGUUGCUGCAGCACGUCUUUUUCAUCUGGGGCAACGACGCCUUCCCGCAUAUCGCGAUGCCCUGGAACCCCAUCGGCGCACCUUUAUUAGAUAAGCCGCGAGAUCGGCGAAGAGCGGAACACAGGGCGCGGACCAUGGUCGCGAACGCCGAACCUUGGUUGGGCGAUAUUGCACGCCGGGUCGCGACGGAGGAGCCCAAGGCCGAGGACACGGACGACGAAGGUGAGAGUUGGGAGGACUCAAAAAAGCCGACGGACGACGGCGCGCUGGACCACAUCGUCGCGUCCGCCCUGAAAGGCGCCGUGCCUUCUCGUAGAAGCGCCGUGCGCGACCUGCUUUUAUCUAAUGGCGUGACGAGCGACGUCCUGAUCCACGCGUCGGGCUCCGCGGCGGGCGCGCAGCUCGUGCUCCACGCGCUCGACGAGCUCGCCGAGCGCCACACGCCGAACGGACUGUGCUUUCCUGCGUCCUUUUUUACGCCGUCGUCGCGUCGAUGGCGUGGAGGUUUUACGCCGUCGCCGCGGCCGCCGCGUACCCUUGACAUCGACGCAGGCACGUUGGCGAGCGGCUCGCGCUGGCGACCGAGGUCUCGCACAUCGUGAGGCGCUACGCCGUCGACGCGACGACGGACGAGACGCCCGCCCAGCCGCCGGUGACGCCCCCGCCGCCUCCUGGUACGCCAACAACCCGUUCGAGAGCAACGAGUCCGAAAGGGGACCCAGGGGAAUAAUACGCCCGAACACAGUUACACACACG